AUGGAAGAAACUCAAAGAAUUCAGCGCUCACGAAAGAGACACAGAGCUCAUUUGACAAAGGUUUUAAACAAGGCUACAACAAUUAUGGAGAAUGACGAAGCCCCAAACGCUACUAUUGAACAACUCGCAAGGAAAAGAACCGUAUUGAACGAACUGAACGAAAAACUCUUAACUGUGGUCAAAGAUCCCGACGAACUCGAACAAGAAAUCAUGGAAGCAGAGGAUAUUGAAUGUGAAAUCAACGAGAAAAGUGCUCAGAUAAGUGCCUUUGUUUUGUCUUGUAAUACUGUUAAGAAUCCAGUAAUCUCACAAGUUAAUGCACCCCAAGUUAUUACAUCUCCACAACAAGAAGUAAAUCCAUUGCAAACCCCACCAUUAAACCAAGAACAAUCAGUCACUGUUAACGAAUCCGAAGGUGUUAGUUCAGUGAAUACAAGCACUAAUACUGGUAGUCUCCCAAUGAACUAUCAAUCCAACCCAGUAUCACCAACAUCUCAACCACACCUCACCCCAACCCCAAAUCAU